AUGAAAAUUCAUAACACUUGGUUUGCUUAAGCCACAUAUUUAGGAAUUAUUGGUGCAUUUUUUUUGCUACUACAAGUUUUACAGUUCCAGAAUAUAGACUUUAUCAUAGAGUUGCCAAAGUUUAACAUUUUUGAGAAUUUCAUGAUAUCAAUUUAAAUAAUUACAUAGUUUAUUUACUUUUAAGUUUCUGUUAGCACUUUUUAUAUUUAUUCAGCUUAUUUUAUCAAUUUAGAGGCUUAAAUCUCUUUUUUUUACUUUUCUAGUACGUCUACAGGAAUUAAGAGAUAUUCAUUAAAGUUCAUGAAUUUUGAUCUCAUAGUUAAUUAAAUCAAAAUAAACCUUAGAAAGUCCAUUUAAAGAUGA